AUGAAGGACCUGGUGCGCGUGGGGCUGCUGGGCUGCGGCGGCUUCGGCUCCGUGGAGCUCUGGGAGCACAGGGACUCCAAGGAGACCUAUGCCAUGAAAUGCGUCUCCAAGGGCUUCAUCGUGAAAAUGGGCAUGCAAGACAGCAUCAUCAAUGAGAAGAACAUUCUUCUCAUGACGAACUCCUUCUUCAUCAUAAAGCUCUUGGAGUGCUUCAACGGAUCCCAGACGUUGUACUUCCUCAUGGAGCCGGCCUUGGGCGGCGAGCUCUAUGCCACCUACAACCGGAAGGGGCUUCAUGGGAUGCUCGGACAGAGCGAAAAGCACACCAAGUUCUACAUCGCAGGGCACCGCACCUUUGCAAGGAAUCUGCUGCUGAGCGAGGGCGGGCAGCUGAAACUCACAGACAUGGGUUUGGCCAAAUUCGUGGUGGGCAAGACCUACACCACCUGCGGCACGCCAGACUACUUCUCUCCUGAGCUGAUCGCUUCUUCUGGGCACACGAUCGCGGUGGACUGGUGGACGCUGGGGAUCUUGCUCUUCGAGCUGAUGGCGGGGCACCCGCCCUUCGAGUCCCCCACACCAAUGGAAACCUAUUCCAAGGUCAUGCGCCCUGGCUGA